AGGAAGAUCCAAUACAAGAUGAUAAACGACAUGCAGCUGGCAGUUUUCUGUAACCUAAUGGGUAGCAUUAUCUUUAUCAUGGUGAUAAUGUACCACUACGUCUGGGUUAACAACAUCAAGAAACCUUCUCUUACCCAGUAACUCCUUAUAUGGGCAUCACGUGAUCGGUAGCUUCUUAUAUGGGGCCAUAGAACACGUGACCAGAUGACGCGUGACGUUAUAGUUAGGGCCGUGACGUCACACAUACUCACACCAGAUUACCUAAUAAUUUUACACUAUCAGUUCAGACGAUAACUUUUUCAGACGAAGAUAUGACUCUUUUGACAUAUUAUACGGAUCUGUUGAACAGACAACAUGUUGGAAACAUCUCAUGAGUGUGUUUCAAACCUUCUUACGUGCUUACAUUUUUGAAAAUAUCAUUCGAAAUCAAUAUUCCAUAACUACAAACUAUAAUAAAUGAGCUGAUGAAUUUUUAAAUUUAUUUAAGUUGUCAUUGAGAUUGAUAAAUGAUAGGCUAAGUAUUUUAUUACAGUUUAUGGGUUUUAAUGUUAUUGAUGAAGUACUAAACGAUUAAUUACCACAAACGAGUAUUUUUAUUAAAAUAAUAAUCGGAAAUUGCUCAACUAAAGACUAUUCCCGUACCACGCAAACAGAUAGUGUUAUAAAAUACUCAUAUUGUACACUGAGGUGGAUUUAGUGUCUUUCGACUUUGCUAAUUCGAGUGUUUUGAAAUACAAUGUCAAUUAAACAACCAGCUUAUUGACCGAUCAAUUAGCUAAAUUAUCAACUAAUUACUAAUCAGUAGAUGGAUGUGCCAGGGUCCCUGAAGUCGUUAGCACCCUACCUGAGACUAUGCAAGCAGUUCGAGUCUAGAGACCCUGUCGUAGCUUAUCAUUGUCAACUGUACUUUGUACAGAAGGGGAUCCAGUUAUGCAGCAGCGAUGCUGAGGGUAAAAUGUUUCUGUUGGGGAUUAUGGAUAAACUGGAACAGGCAAAGUCGAACCUGAUAGCUCAGCAGAACGAAGCAGUAGGUAACGAUAUAGUCGCCUCCUCACACAUUGAGAGUAAAGCUCUGCAACUAUUCCUCUUUGCGGACAGAGAGGACAGAGCUGGUAACUUUGAUGUGAAGGUCAUAAAGACGUUCUACACAGCGUCACUACUGUUCGAACUGUUAACUCUAUUUGACGCCCUCAACGAAGAGAACGCGUACCAGAAAAAAUAUGCGCAGUGGAAGGCUACCUACUUAGAGAGGUGCAGGAGAAGUGGCGAGGAGCCGGUAGCCGGACCUGCGCUACACGACCAGGAGCAGGCUGAGGCUGAAGCUGAUUACAAUGAGCAGCCUGGAGCUUCUGGAAUUGAUGCACAACCGACGUUUAACCAACCGGAACAACCAGCUCAACCGACCUAUCACCAGCCAGAACAACCAACUUACAAUCCGCCAGCUCAACCAACCUACAAUCCACCACCUCAACCAAAGUAUAAUCCACCAGCCCAGCCAACUUAUAAUCCACCAGCCCAGCCAACUUAUAAUCCGCCAGCUCAACCAACUUAUAAUCCGCCAGCCCAGCCCAGCUACAAUCCACCAGCUCCUGCAGCGGCGAGUCAACCCUCUGCAACAGGUGUAACAACUCUGGGAAGUGGUGAAUUGCUGCGACUAGACACAACGCAGUUUCAAAAUCUUGACUAUCAGCAGAUAGAGAGGAUACAGAAACUUUGCAGGUUCGCUGGAAGUGCUCUAAACUAUAAAGAUUACAAAACAACUCUGGACAAUCUACAGAAAGCUAUUAAUCUUAUCAGAGUGGGCCAAGAAGAGUAACAACGUUGUUACAACGUACACGUGUCGCGCGCUGUGUUAUUUUGCACGUGUUAAACCGGUAUGUUACAUUCCACAGAAUCAGAAUUAACAAUACAUUUGUUGGUGGAAGUGAGAUAUAGAUUAAUUUCUAUUUUUACCUUUACUAAGGUGAUUCAGGACUCACUUAGCAAUGCAAUAUAUGGAAGUUUCUUAAUUUAAGUUUCUUUAACUUUUGAUAUUUAGCGCUUAUUCCUUAAAAAUGUAAUCGGUUUUGUAGCUUUGGGAGCGAUGUUGUUGGGUAAUCGUGCUUCAAUUAACAAUCAAAGAUCGAAAACAAUUUUUGUUUACUUGACAUUCUGAAGUGGACAAAAUGCUCAAUGAUUUUGUAAUUUUCAGCGUUUCAAAUGACGAUUACCCACGGCAAUAAUUUUAAUGGGUUGUCGGUGGAUUUGUUUGAUUAAUGAUUAUUGUUGUUUUUUGUGAAUGCAAACAAAUUUGAAGCGCCUUAAUUUAAGGAAUUGGUUCAAUAAUGUGCGAUCUUUUUUUCGAUCAAAAAACGAUUAUUUGCUAAUUUGAGUUUGGUAUUUGUUUCACAGUUGUGUUAACAACGAUUAUACUAUUCCUUUUAAUACUUGGAAAUACGAGAGAAUGUGAAAUUAUAGAAGUUACAAAUUUGACUACAAUUUAUAUUGUAAUUAUAUCUGCAGCAAGAUGUGAGCUGCGUUUUCACAGAUCUGGAUCUGUGAUCAUUGUGCAUUAGUGGUCGUCUAAUUAAUCUAAAUAUGUAAUAUUAUGUCUAUGUAGAUACCUAAUUUGUAUUUCGAUAUAGUUCGACAUUAUAAA